AUGGAAAGAACUAUUCAAGUCAUUCUUCUUCUAGCCCUAGUUUCAGUGUUUUCAUCUUUUUCAGCUUAUUCCUUACCCUUGUCAACACAUGGAAGAUGGAUCAUUGAUUCACAAUCUGGAAAAAGAGUGAAACUCGUGUGUGUGAAUUGGCCUUCCCACACACAAAGCAUGUUGAUAGAAGGUCUCAACCAUAGGCCAUUAAAAGAACUAGCAGACGAAGCAAUCAAGUUAAGGUUCAAUUGUGUACGACUCACAUAUGCAACCCACAUGUUCACUCGCUAUGCAAAUAGGACAGUUGAAGAAAACUUUGAUCUUCUUGAUUUAGAACAAGCAAAAGCUGGAUUGGCUCAAUACAAUCCUUUUGUGUUGAACAAGACUAUUGCCGAAGCUUAUGAAGCAGUUGUUGAUGUGUUGGGGGCAAGUGGUCUAAUGGUGAUUGCUGACAAUCACAUGAGCCAACCAAGAUGGUGUUGCUCUCUUGACGAUGGGAAUGGCUUCUUUGGAAACCGCUAUUUUGACCCUCAAGAAUGGCUACAAGGUCUUAGCUUAGUUGCUCAACGCUUUAACAACAAAUCCACGGUGGUAGGGAUGAGUCUACGAAAUGAGUUACGAGGAAUGAUGGAAAAUGCAAAUGAUUGGAACAAUUAUGUAACUCAAGGAGUAACCACGAUCCAUAAAAUAAAUCCAGCAGUUUUAGUGAUUGUUUCAGGUUUAAAUUAUGAUAAUGAUCUUCGAUGCUUAAAGGAUAAGCCUUUGAAUGUAAGCACCUUAGACAAUAAGUUGGCUUUUGAGGUGCACCUUUAUUCUUUCAGUGGAGAUUCUGAGAGCAAGUUUGUGCAACAGCCAUUGAACAAUAUUUGUGCAAAAAUUAUGCAUGAAUUUAUAGAUCAUGCUGAGUUUGUAAUUGAAGGACCAAACCCAUUUCCUUUAUUUGUUAGUGAAUAUGGGUAUGAUCAAAGAGAGGUUGACGAUGCGGAAAAUCGAUUCAUGAGUUGUUUCACAGCCCAUCUUGCACAAAAAGAUUUGGAUUGGGCAUUGUGGACAUGGCAAGGUAGUUAUUAUUAUAGAGAAGGUCAAGCAGAACUUGCGGAAACGUUUGGAGUGCUUGACUCUAAUUGGACUCAAAUUAAGAACCCUAACUUUGUCCAGAAGUUUCAACUAUUGCAAACCAUGUUGCAAGAUCCAUAUUCCAAUGCAUCGUUCUCAUAUGUUAUAUAUCAUGUACAAAGUGGGCAAUGUAUCGAAGUCUCUAAUGACAACAAAGAAAUUUUCCUCACCAAUUGCUCCACCUCAAGUCGAUGGAGUCAUGACAAUGAUAGUACUCCAAUCAAGAUGUCAAGCACUGGUUUGUGCUUGAAGGCUAGUGGAGAAGGUCUGGAGGCAUCUCUUUCAACUGACUGCAUAGGCAAACAAAGCCUUUGGAGUGCCAUUUCAAAUUCUAACCUUCAUUUGGGAACUGUCACAGAAGAUGGAAAAAGUCUUUGUCUACAGAUUAUUGAAAGCUCAAAUUCUUCAAAAAUUGUGACCAACUCUUGUAUUUGCACAACCAAUGAUCCAACUUGCCUCCAAGACACACAAAGCCAAUGGUUUGAACUUGUUGCAACCAACACAUUACUGUGA